AUGGUGUUGUCAACUUGUCAAUUGUGACAUGUAAUAUUUGAUGUGGAAAUGUGGACACGUAUCAAAUAAAAAUAUUGAUUAAAUUUCAUCAUAUUAUAUCAGAUUAUUUGUUAAAAAAUACUUAUUUCCAUCUUUUAUCCAACUAUAAUACCUUUCAGCACGAAUUCGAACAGGAGUGACUUGUAUUUUCGAGCAAUAUGGCGGGUGUGGAGCAACCAUGCUACACACUUAUCAACUUCCCGACAGACUCAGAACCUUACAAUGAAAUGCAACUGAAGCUCGAUCUUGAAAAGGGUGAUACAAAGAAAAAAAUUGAAGCCCUAAAGAAGACUAUAAGCAUCAUACUCUCGGGUGAGAAGAUACCUGGUCUUCUGAUGAUCAUCAUCAGAUUUGUUCUGCCGCUGCAAGAUCAUAUGAUUAAGAAGCUUCUGCUUAUCUUCUGGGAAAUUGUUCCCAAGACAACCCCUGAUGGCAAACUGUUGCAAGAGAUGAUUCUUGUUUGUGAUGCUUAUAGGAAGGACUUGCAACAUCCGAAUGAAUUCAUCCGUGGUUCUACACUGCGAUUCCUUUGCAAGCUAAAAGAACCAGAACUUCUGGAGCCACUGAUGCCAGCGAUCCGAGCGUGUUUAGAGCACAGACAUUCUUAUGUCAGAAGAAAUGCAGUACUUGCCAUAUUUACUAUUUACCGCAACUUCGAGUUUCUGAUUCCCGAUGCGCCUGAGCUGGUGGCCAACUUCCUGGACGGAGAACAGGAUAUGUCGUGCAAGCGGAACGCCUUUCUUAUGUUGCUUCAUGCUGAGCAAGAGCGCGCGCACCAGUAUCUCGCCGCGCGCCUCGACCAGGUGCACGGCUUUGGAGACAUCCUGCAGCUGGUCAUCGUUGAGCUCAUCUACAAGGUGUGCCACACAUACCCACAUGAGCGCUCAAGGUUCAUUCGCACCGUGUACGAGCUACUGAACGCGCCCAGCGCUGCUGUGCGGUAUGAAGCGGCUGGCACCCUUGUCACUUUAUCCUGUGCUCCAGCCGCAAUCAAGGCGGCGGCCGCGUGCUACAUCGACCUGAUUGUGAAGGAGAGCGACAACAACGUGAAGCUGAUCGUGCUGGGGCGGCUGGGCGCGCUGCGCACGGCGGGCGGCGAGUCGGCGGCGCGCGCGCUGCCCGACCUCGCCAUGGACCUGCUGCGCGUGCUCGCUGCCUCCGACCUGGACGUGCGCCGCCAGACGCUGCACCUCGCGCUGGAGCUGGCGCGCGCGCGGCACGCCGAGGAGCUGGUGGGCGCGCUGCGCAAGGAGGCGGCGCGCGCGCAGCUGGCCGACCACGACGACGCCGACAAGUACCGCCAGCUGCUCGUGCGCGCGCUGCACCGCGCCGCGCUCAAGUUCCCCGACGCGGCGCCGGCCGUGGCGCCCGCGCUGCUGGAGCUGCUGGCGGACGGCGCGGAGCCGGCGGCGCUGGACGUGCUGCUGUUCCUGCGCCACGCGCUGCUGGCCUUCCCCGCGCUGCGGCCCGCCGCCUACCCGCGCCUGCUGGCCGCCGCCGCCGCGCUGCGCGUGGGCAAGGUGGUGCGGCCCGCGCUGUGGCUCGUGGCGGAGUUCGCGGAGAGCGAGGAGGACGCCGACGCCGCGCUCGACGUCAUCGCCGCCGCGCUGCCGCCGCUCGCCGCCGACGGCCAGGAGAAAGAAAAAGAUAAAGAUACUCCGGCGCGACAGCUGGUCACCAGCGACGGCGCGUAUGCUACGCAGUCCGCUUUCAAUCUGCCCAAGGCGCCGUCCGCGGACGGCAAGGCGGGCGGGCUGGGCGCGGCGCUGCGCUCGGGCGAGAGCUUCACGGCGGCGUGCGCGUGCUCGGCGCUCGCCAAGCUGGCGCUGCGCGCGCGCCGGCCCGCGCAGGCCAACCGCGCGCUGCACCUGGCCGCCGCGCUGCUGGCGCACCACCACGCCAAUAAGGGCGCGAACGGGCUCACGGCGGACGACGUGGAGCACGGCGCGGUGUGCGUGCGCGCGGCGGCGGUGCGGCCGGGCGUGGCGCGCGAGGCGCUGCUGGCGGGUUCGCGGCAAGCGCUGCGGGCGCUGCUGGCGCUGCCCGAGCGUGAACCACACACAGUGGAGCGCGCGGCGCGCGAGGCGAGCGCGGAGCGCGGGGCGCGGCGCGCGGAGGUGGAGCGCGGGAUCACGUUCGCGGCGCUGUCGCCCGCCACCGACACGCAGCACCUCGACAUCUUCGAGGUGUCGCUCAGCAAAGCACUGCAGGGUCGCUCGAGCGGUGCGGACCGCGGCAAGCUGUCGAAGGUGACCCAGCUGACGGGCUUCUCGGACCCCGUGUACGCGGAGGCCAUCGUCGCCGUCAAUCAGUACGACAUCGUGCUCGACGUGCUCGUCGUCAACCAGACCGACGAUACACUACAGAACUGUACAGUGGAGUUGGCAACGCUAGGCGAGCUACGGCUAGUGGAGCGGCCGACGGGCGUGGUCCUGGCGCCGAGGGACUUUGCGUCCAUCCGCGCGCACGUCAAGGUCGCCUCCACUGAAAACGGGAUCAUAUUUGGGAAUAUUGUGUACGAAGUGUCGGGAGCGGGCACGGACCGCGGCGUGGUGGUGCUCAACGACAUCCACAUCGACAUCGUGGACUACAUCCAGCCCGCCGCCUGCAGCGACGCGGACUUCCGCCACAUGUGGGCCGAGUUCGAGUGGGAGAACAAGGUCUCCGUGAACACGAACAUUACCGACUUGCGAGAAUACUUACAGCAUCUGUUGGCGUCUACAAAUAUGAAGUGUCUUACGCCGGAUAAGGCGCUGUCGGGUCAGUGCGGCUUCAUGGCGGCCAACUUGUACGCGCGCUCCAUCUUCGGCGAGGACGCGCUCGCCAACCUCAGCAUCGAGACGCCGCUCACGCGCCCCGGCGCGCCCGUCGUCGGACACGUGCGCAUCCGCGCCAAGACGCAGGGCAUGGCACUGAGCUUGGGCGACAAAAUCAACAUGAUGCACAAGUCGCCGCCCAAGCAGGCAGAGGCCACCGUUGCUGCCUGAGGACUUUACUGGGCUACUUAGAUAUGUAUAGAAUUAUAUAAUAUUUAUAAGACUUUUCAAUGUGUACAAAAUGUAAACAAUUAUACCUUGAAA